UGCUUUCUGAAACAGGAGAUUUGACAGGGUGUGGGCAAGAGCUACUCCCGAACAGCUGAAUGCGUUUCUGUACAUAAAGUUGACAGUUAUUAUAUUUUAAAAGAAAGCUGCUGGUAUUUGCAAGUAAAAUACUUGUUUAACUAAGCAAAUAGCCUAAUAAUAAAAUAUUGAAAAAGUAGCAACGUAGCUGUCGCCGUAGUCGUACCAGUUGCAAUUGUAAAUAUGAGUUGUUUAGGUCGUAUUAUUGUUAAAUGCAAAAAGACGUCGUGUAAUUGAUUUGGAGCAAAAUAGCAUGUUUGUGGGCAAAAUAAAAAUGCAUAACGUAACAAAGAAAGACAACUUUAAGUAGCCGAGUGACGGCAAGGGACACAACUUCACAGUGGUGCGUGUUUAGUUUAAGAUUAUGUUUGUCCAAAAUAUUUCAGUAAGAACUGUACGGUAUUCAAAGACAUAGUGUUUUUUUUUUUUUAAGAAUGAGCGACCAUUAUGUGCAAGAAGUACAGCUGGAAGAAAUAAAAACCACCGGCGAAGAAACCGGAAAGGAUGUAGAAGUUGCGGCAGGACUGGAGCUAUCUCUGUCUUCAUCGACAUCAUCAUCAUCAUCAUCAUCUGUCGCCCAGGAUCUAAAAAGCAGAAAUGACAGGCCUAAUCGCAAGACCAGGAGCAAAAGCAGGGGCAAACCGUUGGAUCCUGGGCGGACAAGUACUAGUAAAUCUGCGAAAGACGACACUCAGGCUGUAGCGUCUGUGAAUCCGCAAGGAAAGAUGGAGAACACAAGUACAAGCACCGCAGAGCGGCUGCAGAAUCCGAGCAGCGACGAGACCGCGUUGGAAAUUAAACUGAGCGAGAAGGUUUUGCAAGGGAAAGCCGAGAAGAGCAAAGGCCAACACGGGAAAGAAGAUGGGAAUAAAGUACAGAGAAAGAAGAGGAAGUCGGUCACCGUGGACAGCUCCAAAGCGAAGACAUCGCUGGAAGCGUUAAAGACAAGCAUCAAACAGCUAAAGUGGAAAGAGUUUCCCGCGGGCCGUCGUCUGCCUUGUGACAUUUACUGGCAUGGAGUGUCAUUUCAUGACAAUGAAAAUAUCUUCUCAGGUCAAGUCAACAAGUUCCCAGGCAUGAUGGAGAUGGUGCGUAAAAUAAAUCUGAGUCGAGCAGUGCGCACAAUGCAUGAGCUCUUCCCUGAAGAAUACAAUUUCUACCCCCGUUCCUGGAUCCUGCCAGAAGAAUUCCAGCUUUUUGCAGCCGAGGUACGCAUGGCCAAAGAGAAUGACUCCUCUUGGAAGCCUACUUUCAUUGUUAAACCUGACGGGGGAUCUCAAGGGGAUGGAAUCUACCUCAUUAAAGACCCCAAUGAUUUCCGAAUGUUGGGAAGCGCCCACAACAAGCCUGCAGUAAUCCAGGAGUACAUUGUAAAGCCUCUACUCAUAGACAAGCUCAAGUUUGACAUCCGAUUGUAUGUCUUGGUGAAGUCCCUGGAGCCUCUGGAGAUCUAUAUAGCAAGAGAGGGGCUUUCUCGGUUUUGCACAGAGCCCUAUCAGGAGCCUAGCCAGAAAAAUCUGCACCAAGUUUUCAUGCACUUGACAAACUACUCUCUGAAUAUCCAUAGCGGUAACUUCAUUCAUUCUGACAGCAUGAACACAGGGAGCAAGAGAACUUUCUCCAGUAUUCUGUACAGGCUGUCUUCCAAAGGCAUUGACAUCAAGAAGGUGUGGUCAGAUAUUAUUUCCCUGGUUAUCAAAACUGUUAUAGCACUGGCACCAGAGCUAAAAGUCUAUUAUCAGGCUGAUAUCCCAGCUGGAAAGCCAGGGCCAACAUGCUUCCAGAUAUUAGGGUUUGACAUCCUCUUAAUGAAGAACUUGAAGCCUGUGUUACUGGAAGUCAAUGCCAAUCCAAGCAUGAGAAUUGAACACGAGCAAGAGGUUGCUCCAGGAGUGUUUGAGUAUGUCCCUAGCGCAGUUGAUGAAGAAGUGAAGGUGGGGGUCAUCAGAGACACCCUUCGACUGGUGGACCCAACCCCAAGGAAAGCCACAAACAAUCAGUUGCGUUUGGCUGGGAUUGCAUCAGAAAUGCAAGAAGACAUAUCGGAUGCUGGGUCCUCGGACAAGUCAGAGCAGGACAGUGGAGUGAAGGAGAACAAUCUGCCCUCCCUCUGUCUGAAGCAAGUGUUCCCAAAGUAUGCCAAGCAGUUCAACUACCUGCGCGUCAUUGAUCGGAUUGCUGAGCUGUUUGUGAGGUUCCUUGGAGUGAAAGGAACAAUGAGGCUUGGCCCUACUGGAUUUCGAACUUUCAUAAGGAACUGUAAGCUUAGUAACAGCAACCUGUCGAUGGCAUCUGUGGAUAUUCUGUACAUUGACAUCACAAGGAGAUGGAACAGCAUGGGAGCAGAGCAACGGGAAUCUGGGAUGUGUUUGCAGGCCUUUGUGGAAGCCUUCUUCUACCUGGCCCAGCGGAGGUUCAAGUCCCUCCCUCUUCACGAGCAAGUGGCGGCACUGGCUGACCUGUGCGGAGCAGCAAAGGGGAGGGCAGCAUUAGCCUCCUGCCAGCCCGAAGGAAUUCAUUCAGUGCCAACUGCCCCAGUACCGCCUCAUUUCAACUGCCCAGCUGCGGCCAGCAAAUCUGUAGAUUACAGGUUUCAUCGACCUGUACUGCCCACUAUCAAAGGAAACUGCAUAGAAAACUCUGCCGUUAACUGAUCUAGGUUCAGACCUAGAUGACAGCAACAGCUGAAAAAGGGUCUCCCAUUAAGGCUGCUGUUGACAUUCAUGGCUGGGUUUUACACUGCAUUCAUACUAGCCUCCGCAAUGGAUUGCAGAUAGAAUCAGCAGUAGCUGAUCAAGGAAAGGAAUUGGUGGAUUUUGCUUUUUCUUUUUUUUUUGUUACGCACUGUUAUUUAUCUAUUGAAUUUACAAAAUCCACACAAAAUGCGAGCUACAGCAUAUAUAUUAUGUCUCCCAUGCCACGUGUGGAUAUGCAGUACUUUGAAGUCUUAUUUAUAUUAGUAUUUAUAUUGGUAUUGCUUAAUGCCACAGUAGUCUGGAAUUUAUUUAAUUAUGAGAUUAAGAAGUGUAAGGUUUGUGUGUUUGAGGUCUUGUUCAGGUCAAGGCAGAUGCAACUGUAACUCAGAGUUUACUGUGUGUUAUGUUAUCAGUCUUCCAAAUGAUUUUAUCUCUUUGGAAAUGGACUAUGAAGGCACUAUAGUCUGUUCCACAUGGUAACAUUAACACACCCACCCCAUCCCUUCUCUUCCUUUUAUUAGGGUGUCAAGCUUCCUUUGUUUUCUGAAUUCAUUAUGAGAAGCAAGAUGUUGAGUUGUCAGUUUGCUGUUAAUUAUGGUUAUAUAAAUAGCUUACCCAGCAUUUUAACAAGACUUAAAAAGGAAUCAGUAUCACAUAAUGGCGCCUGAUUCUCAGUGAAGUGGUUCGUUUUUAAAUCUUGCUUUCUAAUAUUUUAUUAAACUUGUCUUCAACACUAGUGACAUUAACCAUUAAUCAUUGAUUGCUGCAGUAUAAUGGGUCACGUUAUGUAUUAACCAGGAACAAUUACAUGUUACACUUGUAAUAACUUAAUACGGAUUAUGUAUCGUUAUGAUUGAUUGAGGUGAGGGUCACAGUAAUACAAUUAGUGACUUCAGUGGCAGUUAUUCUUUGAUUUUAAUAUAAACCUUUGCCUAAUUCAAAUUAUGCUCUUUUUUAAAGUGUAUUCUGUAUUAUAUAUUCUCUUAUAAAUAGAUGCAAAGGAAAAUGCUGCAUAAGCAUGUGGUUGUUUAUAAAAAUCAAAAUAUACUCUAUAUGUAAGAAGUGAUAAUGCAGCUGAGUAGCUUUCACCAGGAACAUUUUAUACAGAAACAAACAGAUAACAAGCCUUCCCUUGCCUUCCCACAGUAUUCCUUAUAAAGGCGUUGCAGACAAAAUGAUAUAUCAGAUGUACUUUCACUUGCCUUCCGUCACAAGAUAACCUGUUUGCUUACUUUGUUUUGCAGACACUGCAAAAACUAUAUCAUCGUCAUAUAAAAAUAACUAACAUACAUUCAGAUAAUCUGGUACAUAAUUGUGACAAUAUGAAGCCAUGCACUCAACCUUGCUUUUAUUGGCUUAACCAAGGCAUUCAGUCUGUUUAAUUGUUCUAUGAUACUACCAGAUCUGGUUAAGAUAGCUGAUUGGUGCACUGUCCAGUACAAUCAAUAUGGUGAUGAACUGUAUUCAAUUAAUAGAGGUUUUCAUACAUGAAGAGUUUGAUUUCAGCCUAUUACAAAAGAUUUGUUAUGUGAAUUGAAUGGCAUUUUGUAUCCGGUAUAGAAGCACAGUAGUACAGUCAUCUGAAGUAUUGCUUAGUAUUAGCUUCCAAAAAAUAGUCUGUAUGGCAUUCAUGAAUUGAUCUAGUUUUCCUGGUCAUGGUAAAUUAAGCAGUGGACUUGUAUGCCCUGAGUGCCACAUGGUUCACAAAACUAAUAGCCGCUGUUGUCAGCCCUACUGCUGGUGGAGGCGGCAAGCAGAAGACUGAUGAACACUCAAGACACAAAGGCUCUGCCUGAGUUACUGUCACAUGCCAGAGCAGCUGAACAUGUGGGUGUUGCUUGACCCUUUUGUCAAUGUAAUGUGUUUUGGGACGUUCUCCCACUGAAAAGUUGUAGCUUUGUGAUCUGUCGCAUGUCAUAUUUUUCAUACAUUUGGCAACGUGUCUCCAGCCAACAGCCAACAGUUUCUGUCAUGUUGUGAUUAAUCCUCACUCAGGCAGGCCUGUGAGAAUUUAUCUCUGAUUUGCAGGCUGUAGAUUGGGGUCCCUUGAUUCCAUUCCUCAAGUUCUUCAUUUCUUCAAAUACCCCUGGUGCUUCAACAAUCUAAGCUGCUGCACUGCUGAGCUGCCAUGCCAGAGAAAACAUAUUAAACACUCUAGCAAAUGACAA